UCGACUUCACUUCGGAGCAAAUGUGCAGUGAUAUUCCCUUUUUUGAAUUGUACAGAUAUUUGUAUGGCUUGCGACUCUUGACAGUAUUAUCAUUUGCUUCGAAGCAAGCGUGGUCAACCCAGAAAGCCUUUCGAUUUAGCCAUCCAUUCUCUCUCGUGACUGUCGCAUCCGUGAGCGUGUUAUUAUUUCCGCAUUCGAAUCCCGUGUCAUCCGCCACCAGCUAUUCAAAUCUCUUCUCGAUGCGAGGACAAUUGAGCUUCGACUUAUUUGCGGCAGAAUGACGGCCGACGAGACGUUCUACCGGCCCACUGAGAGUCUCAUCCUGCCCUCUCCACGAUACUUUUUUCCGAUUAAGAUACCAGUUCCUCACUGGCAACUUCGUCACUUUAUCAGCUCGCCUAAUCGGGGUCUUAUUUACUACGUUUCGGAGAGGGAAAUUUACUGCUUACAUGCGAAAACCAGGGAGAGACAAAUUGUCGGCGUGUUGCCGUUUGAGCCAAGGUGCCUGGUAGCUGGCUAUGGAUGGGUAUGUGUGGGAGGAGGGGAUAACGGCCAGUUUGCCGCGGUGAAGUUGGACCGCGCAACAGAGACAGAAGAUGCAGCCGCUCGUCGCCAUGCAGAUGUGGAUGCUCUAUUACCAGCAGACCUUGACCCCGAAUCACGGCGGCAAACUCAUGAAUUGUUGGAAGAAACUAUGGCCAUUGCGCGAGAGCUCCCCAGACGAAAGCCGGAAGUGCGAAUAGAAGAGCACGGCGGUCUGAUCGUGAACUCAGUUACACUACAUCAGUGGAAAUCAAACGAAGAGUUUGGGGCCGAGGAGACAGUGGCAAUUAUCACGAACAAUGACAAGACGGUUCGCAUAUUCUCGUUGACUCAAUUUCGGAUACUCUCGACGCUCGAGUUGCCCUUCGCUACAAACCACGCUACUUUGUCUCCAGAUGGACAGCUUCUCGUGGUUGUUGGAGACUCCACCACCGUCUAUUUCUACCGCCGGAAGAAGGUUUCGAAUUCGUCAAAUCCCAAACGCCACGAUGCUGAAUCAGCGGUAGAGAAGCUUGAAUGGGAAGUUUGUGCAGCUCCACAACUUCGAAUAGCGACUGAACAUUGUUUCACUACAGCGUUUUCUCCAGGUGGACACCUUUGCGCUGUGGGCUCUCAGGAUGGAAUCGUAACUAUAUUCGACUCCACUCUGAUCGACGGUGCAGAAGGGGAUGACGAUGCUGUCACGCAGAUACUUCGGUCGUCGCGUCCAACGCGAGCGGGCGCAGUUCGAUCCAUGUGCUUCUCGCCUGAGCCGUGGGAUCUUCUUAUUUGGGCAGAAGACCACGGCAGAAUAUGUGUAGCAGACGUUCGAACAGGAUUACAUGCGCGCCAGGUCAUUCAUUUGGAUAUUGACUCUGACAAUUUUGAGACUGUCGAAAUUACCGAUGUGGAAGAGAGUCUGCUCGACCCAGAAUUACGGGAAUUAAGUAGCGAGGCUGAAUUUAUCAGACGCUACCGAAGGGCAUUGGAUGACCACGACGAGACCGCUGCCAUCAACUUUGCAGCCGACUAUAUCGGAGCAUCCCCAGUACGUCGUCGGCUGCAGGCAGCCCCUCAUGCUUCAGAUGACGAGCCACGCGCAUUCACCGAAAGAGAGCGUCAGCUUCUAGAUGCAUUACGUGCUUCGAGAGAACGUUUAGAUGCUCGUGAGCAUGGACAAAUGAGCCCCUUCAGUGUCAAUUAUUUACCUUCACCAGCUAGCCGGGAAAAUCGAUCAGGGUCGUCGCUUUUAACACCUGAACCUCUCUCCCGAACUCAGACAAUCUCACCCACUCAAGGUCGCUUAAGAGGCUCGCCUUCAACAACAAGUGAUCCUUGGCGUACGAUUGAAGCUGCAAUGGCUGCGGGCCCUCUUCCGGACGCGGCGACGCGGCUCCGACGUGAGCGAGAAGCCUCCAUUGAGGCAACAUUUGAACGCCGGCAAAUCACCUGGGCGCGGUUGGAUGCCGCCAGGAGAGAGCGGCUAAGAAAUGUGCAUGCGCGAGGCGGCCCCGUGGAUGAGGAUGGUCUUGGAAGAUAUGAACUUGGGCUCCUACGACGAGCAGUAAGUCAUCGUGAGAACGCCGCUGAUGGAGUUGGAACUGCUGGCGUAACGAUGGACGAUGAUGGCCGAAAACUUUAUGUAGGAACGGAGGAAGGAAUUACUGAAUUCUACGUCAAUAUUCAAGAGAGGAAGUUCUUCCCAAAGUUUCUACCAUGCUGAAUUCCGAAAAUGGACCCGGAAUCAGUGCCCGUGCAGGAGCGCGCCCCCAACAGCCAUGUCACUCAUCUUCAGCCUCGUUUUUGGUAGUACAUAUGAUCAUUUCUACCACUCUUUUUUCUUUUUUUCUAAUUUUCAGGUCGGGUUGGUGCAAAAGUGGACUGUACAACUUAUCUGAAAGGAAUCCAGCUCUCGGGGCGUUAUUAUCGAUUGGGAGAGCGGUGGUCAACUCAGCUCAAAUGAUCACCUCCCCCACGAAUUCACUUCUUGAAAAUACAGGCCCUUUAUGUAUUGAUAUUUUGGUUGAAAAACUUCAUCAUAUCUACCUAGU